AACCGGACCAACCCUAGCUCAAGAUCCACUUACCCUAACUUUACCCAAAACAUCUAGAGAGAGAGAGAGAGAGAUGCAGAAACGAGAGUUUGCGAAAUCCGGCGGUCAGUCCGGUGGAUCUUCGGCUCCACUACCGAAGAGAGGCCGUCCCUUCGGUAGUACAAGUGCAAACUCUGCAGCUGCAGCAGCCGCCGCGGCGGCGGCGGAGGCAAUGUCUCCCUCGGCUCUACUCGGUCCUUCUCUUCACGUUCACAAUUCCUUCGUCGCAGAGCAGAACAACAAAAGAAUAGUGCUGGCGUUACAGAGUGGUUUGAAGAGCGAGGUGACAUGGGCUUUGAAUACACUUACCUUGCUCUCCUUCAAAGAAAGAGAUGAGAUUCGUAGAGAUGUCACUCCUCUCGCUAAGAUCCCUGGCUUGCUCGACGCCCUUCUCCUAAUCAUUGAUGACUGGCGCGACAUUGCUCUCCCAAAGGACCUGACGAGAGGAACUAGAGUCAGGUCUUUAGGUGUUAAUUCUUCAGUUACAGGAUUCGGGUCUGAGUAUGAUGCUCUUGCCUCUAUUCAAACACCUGGCUCUUCAGGUGGUGAGGCAUUAGGGAAAAAGAGCAAACAUGAGUCGUCUCAGUGGUGGAAUGAGGAGGAUGGUUUGUUCAAUCUAGACGAUGAAGGGAGAGCAGAGAAACAGCUUUGCGCCAUUGCUGCAUCUAACGUUAUCCGCAACUUCUCCUUCAUGCCUGAUAACGAAGUUGUUAUGGCUCAGCAUCGCCACUGCUUGGAAACUGUUUACCAGUGCAUUAACGAUCACAUGACUGAGGAUGAAGAGCUGGUCACGAACUCGCUUGAGACGAUCGUGAACCUAGCGCAUUUGAUGGAUCUUCGUAUUUUCAGCUCGUCUAAACAGUCAUACAUCAAGAUAAAUGAAAAGCAAGCGGUUCAAGCUGUCUUAGGGAUUCUCAAUUCUUCUGUCAAAGCUUGGAACUGUGCUGCUGCUGAACUGCUGGGGCGUUUGAUUAUCAAUCCUGACAAUGAACCUUUCAUUAGUCCUUUAAUUCCACAGAUACACAAGAGACUAGUCGAUCUCUUGAGCAUACCAGCCGUUGAUGCACAAGCUGCAGCUGUUGGGGCACUCUACAAUCUUGUGGAAGUAAACAUGGAUUGUAGAUUAAAGCUUGCAAGUGAGAGAUGGGCGAUUGAUAGGUUGUUGAAAGUGAUAAAGACUCCGCAUCCGGUUCCAGAAGUCUGCAGGAAAGCUGCAAUGAUACUAGAGAACCUUGUCUCUGAGCCACAGAACAGAGGGUUGUUACUGGCUUAUGAGAACGCUUUUGCUGAGCUACUUUUUCAAGAUGGUAAGUAUUCUGAUUCGUUUGCGAGGAUUUUGUAUGAACUAACUGCUAGAUCAAAUAGCAGAGUGGCUUCGGCUAGGGGAAUCUGGGGAAUGUAAUGUGGGGUUGGUCACUGAUUAGUGGAUUGAUUAACGAUGCUGUAAUGUAUUAUUAGUAGUAGACUUCAUCGUUUGUUAUGUAUUUUUUUAAGCACAGUAUUGUUGAACAAAGCAGAUGGUGGUUUCUUCUCAUCA